CACUCGUUCAAGUAUACGUACAUAUAGGAACUCUCGUAAAGCAUAAAUACAUACUCUUAGAACAAACAGGCCUCAUAAUUUUUCAUCUUUUUCUUUAAGAAAAAAUGGUGAAGAUUCCUCUGUUAUUGAGUUUUGUUUUCUUGAUUUCUUUUGGGUUUGUUGUUCAUUGCUCUUCAGCCACAAAAGGGGUUGGACUUUAUGAAAUAAAGAAGGGAAAUUUCUCUGUGAAGCUCACCAACUGGGGUGCUACUAUAAUCUCUGUCAUUCUCCCUGACAAGAAUGGAAAACUUGCUGAUGUUACUCUUGGAUAUGAUUCAGUCAAGGAUUACACGAAUGAUACAUCUUACAUUGGAGCAAUUGUUGGACGAUUUGCUAACAGAAUCGGAGGUGCUCAGUUUAGUUUAAAUGGAACCCAUUAUAAGCUUGUUGCCAAUGAAGGGAAAAACAUGCUUCAUGGUGGCCUUAGAGGCUUCAGUGAUGUUGUUUGGAAAGUGAAGAAGUAUAAGAAUGAAGGUGAUGCUCCCACAAUUGUCUUUGCCUAUCAUAGCUUUGAUGGUGAAGAAGGAUUCCCUGGUGAUCUUUAUGUCACUGUCGGUUAUACUCUCAUUGGAGACAAAAAACUGAAAGUAACAAUGAAAGCCAAAGCUCUAAACAAGGCAACUCCUGUAAAUCUAGCACAACACAUGUAUUGGAACCUUGGAGGUCACAACAGUGGCAAUAUCCUUUCUGAAGAAAUCCAGAUAUUCGGUUCCUACUUCACUCCUGUCGAUAGCAAAUUGAUUCCCACCGGCAAAUUUGCAUCUGUAAAAGGAACUCCCUAUGAUUUCCUCAAGCCUCACAAAGUUGGCAGCAGAAUCUCCAAGCUGCCUACUGGUUAUGACAUUAACUAUGUGCUUGAUGGUGGUGCUGGAAGCAAACUGAGGCGAGCAGCGAUUGUGCACGACAAGAAGUCAGGAAGAGUGAUGGAGCUGUUGACAGAUGCUCCUGGAAUGCAGUUUUAUACAAGUAACUUUCUGAAGAAUGUGAAGGGGAAAGGUGGAUUUGUGUAUCAGCCUCAUGCUGCACUAUGCUUGGAAACUCAAGCCUUUCCAGACUCAGUGAAUCACCCCAAUUUUCCUUCAACUAUUGUGGCUCCAGGGAAGACUUACAAGCAUCACAUGCUGUUUAAGUUUUCAACUGCAGCUCCAUAUUCUUAAUAUUUGAUGACAAAACUGAGGAAACACUUUUAGUCUCUGUGAUUUGAGAUCUUGUAACACUAGGCUUCAACAGAUGAAUAAAUUAAUGGUGGGGGAUAUUGAGGCCUUGCCAUUGCCAUGCUUGUUCUAGUUCAUUUUCUUGUGGAAUGUCAAUCUUUCAGAACCUGCUUUUCCUGAAGUUGAUUUGAA